AUGACAAUACAAUCUUCAGAGUUUGUGAAUGCAGUGAUCCCGCCAUCAUCCUCACAUCUUGACAUACAGAGCUCCCUACCAGGACGGUCAUCGGCAGCCUUACUCUUUUUACUUGGAGCUAUAGUUUUGCUCUUGAUAUUGCUGAUUCUCAUAUUCUUCUUCUGGAAAAUUGUCAAGCCAGCAGAACUGAAAAAGUUGGUUGCCUGCAUAAAGAAUCCACAAGCAGCAAAUAAUGUUCUCAGUGGAAAUCUUCAUACAAUAAGCUACUUCAACUUCCAAACAUUAAAGAAGGCAACCAAGAAUUUCCACCAGUGUAAUCUUCUUGGAAUAGGUGGAUUCGGGCCUGUCUAUCUGGGGAAGUUAGAAGAUGGGAGGCUAGUAGCUGUGAAGAAACUGUCACUUGACCAAUCCCAUCAAGGAGAGUCAGAAUUCCUUGCAGAGGCAUGGAAGCUGUAUGAGAGGUCAAAUGUGAUAGAUCUAGUGGAUCCAAACAUGCGUGCGGAUGGAUUUGAGGAGAACGUUGUUUUGCAUGCAAUCAAUGCUGCCUUCUUAUGCCUUCAGCCUCAUGCAAAUUUAAGACCACCCAUGUCAGAAAUUGUAGCAAUGUUAACAUGCAAGGCCGAAGUGGCGAGAACACCUAUGAAACCAGCAUUCUUGGAUCGAAGGUGGAGGAAGGGUGAGAAGCUUUCUUGGGAUACCAUAUCAGAUGUUUUUCCAUCAUCACUGAAGAGUGAUUCCCCUGCCUUGCCUCAACCUCCAAACUAA